CUGAUGAUGCCUUUAUUCACCACACGUGGGGCAUGCGCAAACAUGGCGGCGCCCAGUGGAGAUGUUGAAAUCGUUACUAAAAAGCCAACAGUGAAAGGCCCGAGGAGGGUUGCGAAUCAGAUUCCUGAUGAGAUUCUCAAAGACCCUGAGCUUCAAGAGGCAGUUAGUGUUCUGCCUUCCAACUACAAUUUUGAGAUCCACAAAACAAUAUGGAGGGUGAGACAGGCGAAAGCUAAAAGAGUGGCUUUGCAGCUUCCAGAGGGGCUACAGAUGUUUGCCUGUGUGAUCGCUGACAUUAUCGAGAGGUUUACAGGAGCUGAUACACUGGUUAUGGGUGAUGUGACGUACGGAGCCUGCUGUGUAGACGAUUUCACUGCCCGCGCUCUCGGCGCCGACUUCAUGGUUCACUACGGACACAGCUGUCUGAUUCCCAUAGAUGCCACGGCAGGGAUCAAGAUGCUCUAUGUGUUUGUGGACAUCCAGAUGGACACAGCUCACUUCCUGGACACACUCCGGUUCAAUUUCCCCCCAGGACACUCCCUCGCUCUCGUCAGCACCAUCCAGUUUGUGGCAGCACUACAGGCGGUCAGUGCAGAGCUGAGGCCGGAUUACGAGGUUCUUGUGCCUCAAUGUCGGCCGCUGUCUCCGGGAGAGAUCCUGGGCUGCACCUCCCCUCACCUUGAUAAGCACGUCAAUGCCAUCAUAUACCUUGGGGAUGGAAGAUUUCACUUAGAAUCAAUCAUGAUCGCCAAUCCAGAUGUCCCAGCUUACAGGUAUGAUCCCUACAAUAAGGUUUUCUCUCGGGAGCAUUAUGACCAUAAGGCCAUGCGCGCCAACAGAAUGCAGGCCAUAGAGACAGCACGCUCUGCCCAGAGGUGGGGUCUGAUUCUGGGCACGCUGGGUCGCCAAGGCAAUCCCAAAAUCUUAGAGCAUUUGGAGGAGAAACUGAAGGCACUUGGCAGGUCAUUCACCAGGGUGCUCCUUUCAGAGAUCUUUCCGAGCAAGUUGGCGCUGAUGAAAGACGUUGACACAUGGGUACAGAUCGCAUGUCCUCGACUGUCAAUCGAUUGGGGCACGGCAUUCUCCAAGCCUCUGCUGUCUCCCUAUGAGGCAACAGUGGCUCUGCAGCAGACACGAUGGCAGGAGGUGUAUCCCAUGGACUUCUACUCCAAUCAGAGCCUGGGGCCUUGGACCCCUAAUCACCCAGACAACCAGCCCCAGCGGCCCACACGUAAACAGAAGAAGGCAGACUCACACUGUGAGCGCACGGUCCCCUGUGGCUGCCAGCGCGAAUGAACAGCACGCUCACACAGCAGCAGCCAAUCAGUGCUCAGCCUUGCCGUCUGCGGGAAACAGCCAAUCACAGGCCUGCGUGCGCCUCUGUUGUCAGAGCAGUGGGGAUAUGGGCACACACAAAGCACUACACCAAAUCUGCCCCUCUCAGAAUACAGCAGAGAGUGGUUCUGUGUGCCGGCGUGUCUGUGUGUGUGCGCGUGUGUAUGUGUGUGUGUGUGAGAGAGAGAGAAGGACAGCAAUGACCCUCAGUGCACAUUGUUUGUUUCAUAUUGCAGCAUGUGGGUGGCUUGUUAAAUGUAAUCUUCUUGUCUCUGUGCUAGAAAGAUCCUGCCAGACACUUUACAUUGUUGACCUUCAUCCAUUCGAUUGAAAGGAAAAAUUGCAUUGCUCUGAGCAAAACAAUACACUUUUCCCUUUUAGUUCCGUCAUCCAUGGCUGUGUGACACAAAUUGCAGAGCAUGUCAAAGCAUAUUGCAUUAUGUGAUUUUUACCAAACACAAUAUUUCAUGUCUAAAGCCAAAUUAAAUAUUGGAACUGGCCAGACUGCCCAUGUCUAGACUUUUUAUGUUCUGACUGGUAAACAUUAAUGGAGGCCAUCCACAUUUGUUCAUUUAUUUAACUUCAGUAACCACUUUAUCAGGUUAGCACGUUCGCCUCACACCUCCAGGGUUGGGGGUUCGAUUCCCGCCUCCACCUUGUGUGUGUGGAGUUUGCAUGUUCUCCCCGUGCCUCGGGGGUUUCCUCCGGGUACUCCGGUUUCCUCCCCCGGUCCAAAGACAUUCAUGGUAGGUUGAUUGGCAUCUCUGGAAAAUUGUCCGUAGUGUGUGAUUGUGUGAGUGAAUGAGAGUGUGUGUGUGUGCCCUGCGAUGGGUUGGCACUCCGUCCAGGGUGUAUCCUGCCUUGAUGCCCGAUGACGCCUGAGAUAGGCACAGGCUCCCCGUGACCCGAGGUAGUUCGGAUAAGCGGUAGAAAAUGAAUGAAUGAAUGAAUGAAUGAACCACUUUAUCAUGUUCACGGUCACAGAGGAUCUGGAGCCAUGCCCAGACACACUGGAUGGGACGUCUUUACAGAUGAGAGAAAAAGUUUGCGUACCUUUGUGAUGUGUAAGUGAUAUCAAAAAUUAUUGCGUUUUACAGAUAUUCAUUCAUUCGUUCAUUCAUUUAUUCACUCACUAUCACACAGGAUGAUGCUGUGUAAGAUUUUUAAAUCUUUCUACUCACAUGCAAGUAAUUCGACACGUUAUUAUUAUUCAGUAAUCUGUUAUAAUCAUUCAAUAAAUUUAAAACAUAUAUGCAAAGCGAAGCUGCUCGUGUCAUCCCUGUGUUUAAAAUGAACAAAUGGGGCUUUGAUCUGUUAGCACAUACUUAUUUUUGCUGGACGAUAAGAAUAAAUAGUACAGCUAAUUCUAAAUUUGAAAUGAUUGAUAAAGCUCUCCCUAAACACUUAAUCAUCUCCUUUAAAUAUAGUCCUUUCUGGUUUUAGGUCUUGGAGUGUGUUGACUUUUGAACUUGCUAAUAAACUGCAGCUAAUGACAA